GAUGCAGCGGAGAGUAGAGGACGCACUGUGAGCUGAUGAGCUGUGUGUGUGUGUGAGAGAGACACAGAGCGGCUUGUACCAUGUGAAAAGAGGAAACUAACGGACUAACGUCAAUAUUCUCACCACGACACCGGAGAGAAGAACUUUUUUUUUUUUGAAUUGAGGACAGAAUUCGGGUCGAAGUAAAGAAGUUGGCGAAUUCGUUCCAGAGGCCUGCGUGCCAUGCCAGAGGGGUCCCACUCUGCUCUCCGCCAGGGCCCAAUGGGGGAAGAAUCUCCUCAGUUGUCCUCACCCCUCUCCAUCAGUGAACAUGUCCAGGGCAUUGCUGAUGUGGACCCAGACUGCUACGGCCAGGUGUGCGUCGAGUCCCUGGAUGGAGAGGGCGAUCGUCCGGUGAGCCUGGUGUCCACCCUGUCCUCUGGUUCUUCCCGCGACAGUCGCAGCCUUUUUGGUAGCACGGCAGCUCUUCCUUCCUCCACCACGCCGCCCAUACCAAACGAGGACGACAUCAAUUUGGAACUGAGUCCAUCAGAAGGCACCAGGGAGCAGGCUGGAAACCAGAGUCCCACCCUCACAAGUUCCGGGGGCGGCUGGCAGGAACAGCUGGAGAGCAGGGUGAUCGGCAACCAGUGGAACAACAACAACGCCACUGCCAACAGGAAGGCGAGCAGCGAAAUACCUCAUAUUCCUGCCUCACCGGUCGUCACGGAUACCAUGGCGCCCAACCCAAAGCUGACCUAUGUGGACCGCGUUGUCAUGGAGAUCAUUGAGACAGAGCGCAUGUACGUCAGGGACCUGCGCAGCAUCGUGGAGGACUAUUUGGCACACAUAAUCGACACGGGCAACCUUCCCAUACGGCCGGAGCAAGUGUGCUCUCUUUUUGGAAACAUAGAGGACAUCUACGAGUUCAACAGUGAACUACUGCAGUGCUUGGACAUGUGUGAGAACGACCCAGUGGCUAUCGCUCAGUGCUUUGUAAAUAAGAGUGAAGAUUUUGAAAUCUACACCCAGUAUUGCACCAACUAUCCCAACUCAGUGGCGUCACUAACCGACUGCAUGCGAAGUAAAACUUUAGCCAAGUUCUUCAUGGAUCGUCAGGCUAGUCUAAAGCGGUCCCUCCCUUUGGGCUCCUACCUGCUAAAACCAGUCCAGAGGAUCCUGAAGUAUCACCUGCUCCUUCAGGAAAUUGCAAAGCACUUUGACCCAGACGAGGAAGGCUAUGAGGUCAUUCAGGAGGCCAUAGACACUAUGACAGGAGUGGCCUGGUACAUCAACGACAUGAAGAGGAAACAUGAACAUGCCGUCAGAGUGCAGGAGAUCCAGUCUCUGCUGAUCAACUGGAAGGGCCCUGACCUGACCACCUAUGGAGAGCUGGUGCUAGAGGGCACUUUUCAUGUGCUGAGGGCGAAGAACACCCGCACACUCUUCCUCUUCGAGAAGAUGCUCCUCAUUACCAAGAAAAGAGGGGAACACUAUGUCUACAAGAUCCAUAUCUCAUGCUCCACCUUAAUGCUACUUGACAGCGCCAAGGAUCCCCUGCUCUUCAGUGUUAUCCAUUUCAAGCAUCCUAAGCAACCCCAUACGGUGCAGGCCAAGUCCGUGGAGGAGAAGCGUCUCUGGGCUCAUCAAAUUAAGAGGCUCAUCCUUGAGAACCACAACACCAUCGUGCCACAGAGGGCAAAAGACGGCGUCAUGGACAAUUCAAACUAUCCAGGGAAGUAUCAGUAUAGUCCGGAAAGACUGAAGAAAGCAGAGACCUGCCAGGCCGACGACUUCCACGUUGGAGGAAGAAAUGGGAGGAGGAGAUCAGAGCCAGCAAAACAAAUCAUAAGGAGCACAAAAGCCGUCUUGAAGCAUGCAGACAGUGAGGGUGCACUGCUGGGGGAUAGGUGCUCCCUUCAGCCAGCCACUAGUGUCAGUACGCUGACCUCCAGUGUAGGCGAACCCGAGGCUGAGAUGCCAUGUGUGGAGGAUCUUAUUUCCAGAGGGGACUCUCUGGAGCAGCUAAAUCCUCCUGACAGCGACCCGAAACUGGGCUCUUCACCCAGUGAGGGGGGGCUGGAGCAGGAGAAGGCAGAGGAGGAGGAAGAGGAGGAGGAGGUGGAGGGGAAGAGUUGCAAGGAAGAUAUACUGAUGGGAGACGACCAGGUAGCCGACUUUGCCAGCUCAGUGCUGGCAGCCAUCUCCUGCUGGCACUAUAGAGCCAGGGCUUUGCUUUCUACUCACUUCACAACGGAUGAUCAGAACAGAGAUACUGCUGAAAUGAACACAACGCCCGGGCAGGAGACACAGUCUUGCACGCAGGCAGAAAUAUGUGGGGAUGCUGUUAUGAACGAAGCUCCCAGCAUUCAGGUCAGUGUGCAGGAGCUGUGUCCUCUAGACUGUGUGUCUCAAACGGAGACGAGCAAUCAGCUGGAGGUGGAUUACCCCCGAUGCCCAGGGUCUCCUGAGACUUCACCUGACCUAGAAGCUGAGACCCCAGAAGCUCAAGAUAGCUCUAGAGAGACUGGUGAAGAAGAGGAAGGAGGAAGUGAUUCCUCCAGUCUUCAAGUGGGCGAGACGAGUGUACUGACGAAUGUUGAGCUCUCGGAAGAGGAAGAGGAGGUGCUUUCAGAUGAUAAAAGCAUCCUACCCUCCUCUGUGUUGGACCAGGCGAGUGUGAUAGCUGAGCACUACAUCAGCAGCCUAUCCAGAAGGAGUAGUCUGGUUUCAGAGGACCUGGGUUCCCUGGCCUGCCCCUCACCAUCAGUAGAUAAUGAUACUUUUCAAAGCCCUUCAGCCUGCAUGGACUUGGAGAAACAAACCCAAAUGUCUGUUGACUCUUCUGCGGAACCACAGGGAGUCUCGGAGGCUUCAGUUCUUGUGCAUGACCCUGUGCUGGACACUCUCGUUGAAGGUGAACGCAGAUCCACUCUUUCCAAACAAGAUCGCCUCCUCAUCCACAAAAUCAGACAGUACUACGAGCACGCUGAGCACGACGAUGCUAACUUCAGCAUCAAGCGCAGGGAGAGUCUGUCCUACAUUCCAGCGGGUCUGGUCAGGCAGCUGAGUCGACAGCUCAACAGUACUCCCCAGGACAAGGUCGCCCAAGUCCACAGGAAAGGCCUCUCUCCCAACAGGCCUACUUCUUGGUCUGUAUUUGACCUUCCAGGAUUAGAAAAGAGUCGAAACACUGAAACCUGUCAAAGAACGGAACCACGGAGAUCUGUUGGGACCAAAGCUAGAUCUGUCAGUGUCACAGAUUGUUCUAUGUCAGAAGAGGAGUUCCGGCCCUCGUCGGACAUGCUCAAGGUUUGGCAAGACAUGGAAAUUGAGGAGGAGAGUGGGGAAGUCGUUCAGACUGCACAAGAGAAAGUUAAUGACUCAAGAUUAGAAGCUGCCCAGGAUAUGAACUCAGACACUUUGUAUUGUAAAAAUGAUGAGCAACCACCUCAGAUUCUGUCAGAUUCUCACGUAAGAACUGCCUCUGAGAGCUCCUCCACGACGUCACUUUCUGCGUCUUCCCCAACAGUGGAGGGUGGAUCAGGUCAGGAAACAAAGCCAUCUAAGACCUCCAUGUUUCAAGACAACAGCAAUGUCAACCAUAACCAGCAACCUAAAAUCAUCAGCUUCCGAACGAGCAUGGAUGAGGACCAGAUCCUACAAGACAUGGGAAAGAUGAAAAACAAGGUGUUCCAGCUGGCUCGCCAGUACAGCCAGCGCAUCAAAAAUAACAGGCCCUUAAUCUGGCAGAGGAACCGAGACAUGGCCGGUCAAGAGGGCUUCAAGAAUAUGCCUGGUGCCCACGAGGAGAAGAUGCAGUUGAGGAAAAGGGGUAUACCCAACCUGAGGUUGCCCUGGAAUGCUUGUGAUCAGGCAGUCAUCCCUGAAGUCUGUUCUCCAAGUCUUGUCGAGACUCCCACCUCUGGAGCCAGCUCCCACAGCGCUGUUACCUCCCCACAAAACCCACCGUCAGAGACCUUCCACUGGCCCCACGUCCAGGAGUUGCGCUCCAAAUACACAGAGACCUCCCACCCGAAAGUAACCCGGAGCUGCACGGCCCCAAACGGGAUGCUGGAGUGCAGUACCAACAGGUGUAAUGGCUGCUCCCACAAGUACAACAGCUCCUUAGACCUUCAUAAAGCACCGACAGACUGUCCCAGGAAACGGUCUGAAUCUUUAAACACGGAGUGUCCCGUGGUAGAGGACAGUCCCCAGCACCACACGCAGCCUCGGACGCAUCCCCUGCUGUGCAGGUGGAGCUCUUUGGACCACAUGCUGGGAUCUCUGCCCCUCCACGAAGUACAAAACCUUCAGGAACCUGUGAGGACCUGCGCUGCUGCCGACAAACUCCAAGACGGGGUCAACCUCCUCCAGGAGUGCGUAGACAAUGCAGACAGUGCACCGGCUUCAGGGAAGAACUCAGAAAGUCACCUUGUGAAAAACCUACGGGAAAAGUUCCAGAGCUUAACAAUAAGCUCGUGAACACGUGAUUUAUGUGUAUGUGCGUUUUAAAACAUUUUCUGUCAGCUAGGUGAACUGUUUAUCUCUCAAAAGAAUGGAUCCUCUUGUCUGCACAAUGUUUUCAGUUUAGGGGGCACUGAAUUGUGAUGUUGGCACCAGUCUAAUAUUAAAGGGAUGUUACUGGUUAAACCACGGGGCGGGGAACAUAUGUUGUCUCUUAAAAAGUGUAUUGCAAUAUUUAUACAGUACACUGGGCAUUUGACUGCACAAUACUAAGGUAAAAACGUGUAUAUAGUCUCUGUAUCAUACAGAAAAGGAUUUUUCUUCUUCAUUGUUUUAAUGAUUAUUAGGUUUCCACCCACUGUUGGUGCUUGUGACUGUUGUUACUACAGCACUAUUAUCAUUAACCAUGUAAACUGCCAGCUGAGACUUUCAGGGGAAAAAGAAAUGGAGUUGAAGUCUCUGUCCCUACACCAAAGAUGGUCGCCUCGUAAUGCGUGUGGUCACAGCAGUCAUUCGCUUCCACAUUUUACUGUAGCUGCUUGUCAGAGUGUUACUACACAUCACUGGAGCUUUAUUUUUCCUCAGUGCGCUGUAUAUUUUCUUGGAACAUUAUUUAUGAAACUGUAUAGUUGGGAAAUAUUGGCCUCAUGUAAAUAUUUGACAAAUAACAAGCCCUUUUUACUUUUCCAUUCCAGGCAAUGCGUUGUUUCAGUUUCCCAUGUUUUUAAUAAAAACAGAAAUGGUAAGUUUC